UCUAGUUCCUCAGCUUCAAGCCCGCACCCCGCCGGCUGUGCUUGUGUUUGAGCUCCUGGUUGAAGAGUGCAGCGCUGCAGAGGGUAUAUAAAUGCAGUGUGUGUGUAGGAAGCAACGUUGUUGUCUCUCCUCCCGAGGAAUGUUCGGACGCUGACUCCUCGCCCCACAGCCCGGCGCUGCCCCGCUCCAGCGCCGCUCUCCCUGCCUCCCCUCCUCUCGCCGCCUGAUGCUUCCUGGCAGCUGGAUCGGGAUCGGGAUCGGGAUCAGACCGCGGAGAGGGAGCGGCCGGGUGGCCGAGCCGGCGGGCAAGGACCGAGGCGCCGCUGGACCAUGUGGCCGCUGUAUCUGCUGGUGGCCUCCGUGGAAAGCCAACUAUUGCCUGGGAAUAACUUCACCAACGAGUGCAACAUUCCCGGGAACUUUAUGUGCAGCGAUGGCAAGUGUAUUCGCGGGGCCUGGCAGUGUGAUGGCCAGCCAGACUGCUUUGACAAGAGCGAUGAAAAGGAGUGCCCAAGAGUCAAAUCCAAAUGUGCUCCAACCUUUUUCCCCUGCUCCAGCGGUGUGCAUUGUAUCAUCGGGCGUUUCCGAUGUAACGGGUUCGAGGAUUGCCCGGACGGCAGUGAUGAGGAAAACUGCACAGCAAACCCACUGUUGUGCUCGACGGCCCGUUUCCACUGUAAGAAUGGGAGGUGCAUCGACAAGAGCUUUGUCUGUGAUGGAGUGAAUAACUGCCAGGACAACAGUGAUGAAGACGACUGCGACAUCUCACCGGACAGCAGCCUGGGCGGAGGUCACGACUACGUGACAUCGGACAUCCGGAUGUUCCCCUACUAUCCCAGCGUCAUCUUUGCCAUCAUCGGCAGCUCAGUGGUGUUCGUGCUGCUGAUGGCGCUCCUGGCCAUGGUGCUCCACCACCACCGCAAACGCAACAACCUGAUCGGCCACGUGACUCCGCCGCUGCAGCGCCUGCAGCACCCGCUGCUGCUCUCCCGCCUGGUCAUCCUGGACCGUGCCCACCACUGCAGCGUCACCUACAACGCCGGCAACAGCAUCCAGCUCACCGCCAGCUCCCACUGCCACCACCCCCUCACCCCACAAGAGGUGCCCCCCUCCUACUCUGAGGCCAUGCUGGGACAGAGCAGACCACCAUGGUUCGACCUGCCGCCACCUCCGUACCUGUCGGGCAUGGAGAACAGCCAGCCUGAACUGCCCCCUUACCGCUCCAGGGCAGGGAGCACCUUGAGUUUGGAGCAUCCCGGCAGCUUACAGGAGGGCACUGAAAUCAGAGACUGCCUGCUCAGCAACAGAUCAGAGGAGGAGCUGUGAGCUCGCGCCGCAGUGUGGUGGAGCAGCAUCUGUGUUCUUGCACGAACUGACACCCACUCAAGGCGCAUUUGCCGAAGGUUUUGAUCUGAGAAGUAAAAACAAGACUUUAAAUCGUGUUGACUUCUUGCAUCCCUUCCUCCGUGAAGGAACGACUGUGGCAUCUGGAUGAGUGGCGAAAUCCAGCUGCUGUGCAGAUGUUUGCCCCUGGAGACCUGUUCAUCAGGGAUGAGCAAGAGAACGAUCUUGGACACAGGCAGCCGAUUGGGCUCCAGGGCCGAAUUCAUUGUCAAGUAACGCAAAGCCUGCAUUGGAAACCUAAUCAAUUAGCGUAAGACGGUGGCGUUUUGAGAUGCACGCUUGUCAACUGGGCUCCACUGCAGAUACUAGGUGCCUGCUCACAGCAACCAAGCGCUAGACACUAACAGAUGUCAGAAUCACUGGAGAGCUUCAAGCAGUGUAGCUGGGCAGAAAGGAUAUGAGCAGCACUGUGCUGACGCCAAUUUCUGGAUGCUUGUUCCAUUGCAUUUCAAAAUCUAAAAACAAACAUUUUACUACUUUCUGACAGAUCUGCUCUCAGUAUUCAACUUAUAGUGACUGCAUGGCAAUAGUCGACUGUUCCUUUGGGGUGUGAUUCUCUUCCCCCAUCUCCAUCCUCAAGCUGUAGUGUGGCUCACUGUGUCUGGGAGGCUCUCCACAGUGGAGUCCCGAGAUGACGUGUGCAAGAAUGGCAGAUCACCUCAGUUGUCCUUCUUCCCACCUUGCAGCGGGGCUCUAACUGGGAACGCAUCAUUCCCGGGGCACAAGUCUCUGUAUCUGGGUGUCCCUGCCCCCUUGGGAUGGCUCUCAGUCAAGGUUUGGAGCUCUGUCACAGAUGACAACUGGCUGAUGAUACCCUCUGUGAGGUUUCCAUGGAUUCUGAGUCUGGGACACGUGUUGGGCCAACAACUAUCAAAUACGUCGAGCAUUUCCACACCCAAGCUCAUCUGACAAGGGAUUGCACUCAAAACCGUCAUUUCGCUGUCCAAGCACUGGCUUGUAUUUCAGGCUAUUUUAGUUUAUAAUCUGAGAUUUGCUUCCUCUUUCAAAACUGAUGGUGCUGUCUUUUCAAGAGAAACUAAUUGCCCUCCGAUACCUUGCAAUUCAAUGUGCUGGAUUUACUGUUGUGUGUGAUCAUUGUAUUCAAACUUUAAUGAUUUCUAAGGCUGAUUGUUCUGUCACGAGUCAACAAAGAUUUAACGAGGAUGUCCCAAUAGGGGUUUAUUUGCAAUACUAUCUAAUCUCUGCCCAAUCAAACCCACACAAUAGGUUUAUGGUGAAGGGGAAAAGAUUGAAUAGGAAUCUGAGGGGUAGCUUUUUCACACAAAGGGUGGUGAGUGUAUGGAACAAGGUGCCAGAGGAGGUCGU